CGGGCUCCCCAGCAACUGUAACAACCUGUCCAUCCGCAAGUAUGCACUGAACAUCUCCGAGAAGAGGAGACUCAGGGACAUUCAGGAGACGCAGAUGAAGUACCUCUCCGAGUGGGACCAGCUGAAGCGCUACGGCAGCAAGUCUUGGAAGCGGUUCCUGGAGAAGGCGCGGGAGGUGACGUCUCACCUGGAGCUGUGGCGGGACAACAUCCGCAGCAUAGAAGGGAAAUUCGGCACCGGGAUCCAGUCCUAUUUCUCCUUCCUGCGGUUCCUGGUGCUGCUGAACUCGGUGAUUUUUCUCAUCAUCUUCACGCUGGUCCUGCUGCCCGUCUUGCUCACCGAGUACAAGAUCACCAACAGCAGCUUCGUGCUCGUCCCGUCCAAAGACGUGGAUCCCGAGUGCAGGGUGUACCCCUUGAGCAGCUCAGGCCUCAUCUACUUCUACAGCUACAUCAUAGACCUGCUCUCAGGCACGGGCUUCCUUGAGGACACCAGCCUCUUCUAUGGGCACUACACCAUCGACGGGGUGAGGUUCCAGACCUUCACCUACGACCUGUCGCUGGCUUAUUUGUUAAGCACAGUUGCUUACCUGGGCCUGAGCCUUAUUUGGAUCGUGAAAAGGUCCGUGGAAGGGUUCAAAAUCAACCUGAUCCGGAGCGAGGAGUAUUUCCAGAGCUACUGCAACAAGGUCUUCGCGGGCUGGGACUUCUGCAUCACCAACCGCAGCAUGGCCGAGCUGAAGCACAGCAGCCUGCGCUACGAGCUCAGGGCCGAUCUGGAGGAAGAACGAAUACGGCAGAAAAUUGCAGAAAGGACCUCUGAAGAGAAGCUCAGGAUCUACUCCCUGCGGUUCUUCCUGAACGCCUUCGUGCUGGCCCUCCUGGCCGCCUGCUUCUACGCCAUCUACCAGGCCACUGUGUUCUCGCAAGAGCACAUGAACAAAGAAGUUGACAAGAUGAUGUUCGGGGAGAACCUCUUGAUCCUGUACCUGCCUUCAAUCGUGAUCACACUGGCCAACUUCAUCACGCCCAUCAUCUUCACCAAGAUCAUCCGCUACGAGGACUACCCUCCGGGCUUCGAGAUCCGCCUCACCAUCCUGAGGUGCGUCUUCAUGCGCCUGGCCACCGUCUGCGUGCUUGUCCUCACCCUGGGCGCCAAGAUCACGUCCUGUGACAGCCACUCGUGCGGGCUCUGCGGCUACAACCAGAAGCUCUACCCGUGCUGGGAGACCCAGGUUGGGCAGGAAAUGUACAAGCUGAUGAUCUUUGACCUCAUCAUCAUCUUGGCUGUGACUCUCUUUGUGGAUUUUCCAAGGAAGAUCCUGGUGACGUACUUUUCGUCGUCGAGGCUGAUUCAGUGCUGGGGGCAGCAGGAAUUCUCCAUCCCGGACAACGUCCUGGGCAUCGUGUACGGGCAGACCAUCUGCUGGAUGGGGACCUUUUUCUCCCCCCUCCUCCCUGCAAUCGCCACCUUGAAGUUUAUUAUUAUCUUUUAUGUGAAGGAGAUGAGUCUUCUCUAUACCUGCAGACCCUCCCCAAGGCAAUUCCGAGCAUCCAAUUCAAAUUUUUUCUUCCUGUUGGUGCUGCUGAUUGGGCUGAGUUUGGCGAUCAUCCCACUGACAGCCAGCGUGGCACGCAUCCAGUCGUCCAAAGCCUGCGGGCCGUUCACCAACUUUAACACCUCGUGGGACGUGGUGCCCCGCACGGUGAGCACCUUCCCCAGCUCGCUGCAGUCUCUGGUCCACGGCGUCACCUCGGAGGCCUUCGCCGUGCCCUUCUUCAUCAUCAUCUGCCUCAUCAUGUUCUACUUCAUCGCGCUGGCCGGAGCUCACAAGCGGGUGAUCCUGCAGCUCCGGGAACAGCUGUCCCUGGAAAGUCGGGACAAGCGGUACCUAAUCCAGAAGCUAACGGAAGCCCAAAGGGACACGAGGAGCCCCCGGGAGUGAUGACACAGAUCCUGUUGCGUGUGGCCCCCCGAGCCGAG